GGGCAGGUUAAUUAACAGUUUAGUGUCUAUCCUCAAGCAGCAGGUGAGUCUGUGUCAUGAGUCUCUCUCUCCUCCUCUCUCUCUUCAUUCAGACGCGAGUCACGCCCGGUAAAUUCAGUCGCGCGAGCGUCACGUGCUCUGAGUUAAGGCAGCAGGAGUCGGGUUCGCGCGGUCAGUCUGACGCUCGCUCGCGCGCUGUGUGUCGGUGAUGGACGCGUCGAAGCGGCGGUGAGCGGCAGCGGCUCCGUGAUGCGGCGGUGUGUGACUUUACUGGUGAUCAUACUGACGGCGGGCGUGAGCGCGGCGCUGCAGAUCCAGUGCUAUCAGUGCGAGGACGUGCGGCAGGACGACUGCUCCGCGCCCGAGUUCAUCGUCAACUGCACCGUCAACGUGCAGGACAUGUGCCAGAAGGAAGUGCUGGUCAUGGAGGACGGGAUUCACUACAGGAAGUCGUGCGCGUCGUCGGGAGCGUGUCUGAUCGCGUCCUCGGGAUAUCAGCAGUUCUGCACGGGGAAGCUGAACUCCGUCUGCAUCACCUGCUGCAACACGCCGCUCUGCAACGGCCCGCGGCACAAGAGGAGAGCGCUGUCCCGCGCGUCUGCACUGCCCGCGCUCGCGCCCGCCGCGCCGCUGCUCGCCGCCAUCCAGCUGUUCCUCUGGACCUGCGCGCACUGACACUGUCACAGACUCUGACGGGAUGAGCUUCAUGUGGGAACGGACGGGGUGUGUGUGUGUGUGUGUGUGUGCGUGAGUUACUAGAUGAACAAACACAGAGUCCCUGGAGAACUGUGGAGGAAGGAAGUUUGUCCACGAAGCUUGAACGUCACGUGAUGAACGUCUGCCUGCGUUUCUGUCUCCAAAGUGCUUCCCUUCAGUCUUGUUAUUAGUGGGCGGGGCUUCUUCAUGUAAUCCCACCAAUCACAGCACACUCUGCACACACAAUGAGAAACAUUACAGCAGGACAAUCCUCUUCAUCUUCAUCUUCAUCUUCAUCAAACAUGUCAUCUAGGAGAAUUAUCGCAGUUUAUAUAAUUGUACCACUUCAAGUUCUUACAUGAUAAACAACAACUUGAGCUCUAUAUAAUUGUAAUAUAAUUGUGUUUAGGCACAAAGCUUUAAGGUCUUGUUAUGGAACAUUUUCUACAGUUCGCUGGUCACACUGGGGCAUGUUGUCACACUGAGGAAAACUGACAGACUUGUUAAAACACGACAACCUGACAUCCGUAUAUCACAAAGCAUUAUACAGUUCGGUUAAAAUCUUCCUUUCCUUUAUAGAUGAGUGUUAGUGAGAUUUAACAGGCGUGGCCACCACUGUAAUCCACUCAGCCUUUAUUAUUAUUAUUAUUAUUAUUAUUAUUUUAAGAGCAUGAGAAUGAUGUAGUGACUGAAACAUGACGGCAGCUCUGCUCACUCUGGACAAAUUUCAUGCUGUAACAUUAAACAAACACCUGACGAGUGUGAAUACACUGACACUGCUGAAGCUGUUUCUGAGUGUGUGUGUGUGUGUGUGUGUGUGUGUGUGUGUGUGUGUGUGUGU